AUGCUGGAAGAAGCGGAACUGAGGACGGGAAAGAUGCUGUGCCGAACGAGUAGCCCUCCGCCGCCCAGUGCGAGUCCGGCUGGUUCCGAGAUCUCCGUGGGUUCCCCGAGCCCUCCGCCCAUCGGCAGCGAUGGCUCUCAUCCGGCGCACCACCUGGUCCACCCGCACCCCCUGGCCGUGACACAUCUGGUGCAUGCUGCAGCCGCCGCCCACCACCAUCACCACAACCAUCACCAUCAUCACCAUCCGCUCGUUCAUCCGCAUCAUCCGCACCACCCGGCGCUGCAGGCACAUGCCGCCGUCGCCGGUGCGCUGCAGGCGCGGGCCGAGGACUACUUCACACCUCUCAAGCGUCUCCGGAUGUCGGAGGGAGGCAGCGGGCCGGAACCAGCGAGUCCACCGAGCGGAAGUCCUAAGGAGCUGUCGACGAGCCGGGGCUCGAGUCCUACCACGCCGAUUACCUGCCACUCCGGUAGCACCAACACCUCCACCCAUAGCAGUACUACGCCGCACACUACCGGUUCCACCAAUACCACCACCACCACCACUACCAACAGCACUACCAAAUCGUCCGCCGGCUCGACGGCGGCCGAAGGAGUCAAGUCCUUCUCGAUCGCCGACAUUCUGGGCAGGGAUGCUGAGGCGAACAGUGGGCGGGAGCCGAGUCCUCCACCGGCCGCCGCUAGUCUGCACCAUCCGCACCACCUGCAUCACCUGUCGGCGCACCAUCCCGCGGCUCACCUCGCGGUCCAUCAUCCCCACCACCCGCAUCAUCCGCACAGUGGAAGUACGCUCCAGCAGGCUGCCAGCAAGAUCGUGCGACCCUGGGACCAUCUCCGCGGGCCGAUUCCCGUGCGACCGUUCCUGCCACCCGCCCUGCUGCACUACGAGCAUCGGUUAGCGCUGGACUACCACCAGCAGCUGCAGGAACACUUCCGGGCGCAGGCUCAGCUGCUGCGGCACAUGAGCAUGGACAUUAUCCCGUCGGAGAGCGGAUCGGAGCGGUCCAGCUCGGCCGCCAGUGAUUGCUGUUCGCCGGAAAUCGGACGCGGCUCGGACCACCAGAGCCACCAGUCGUCGCAGUCGUCCUCGUCGGGCGUGGGCGGUGGAAGUGGGACGGGUGCGGGUUCCGGCGAUGGGCGAGGUGGAGCGAACGGUGAGCGGGGUUCGGGCGGUGGCAAGGGAGGUGGUGGGAAGACGGCACCGAACGGGACGCCCCUCGAUGCCCUCUUUCAGAUGACCAACAAGAACUUCGACGAAGCCAAUGAUGAUGGUGAGCAAUCGCAUUUAAACCUGUUCGCCAACCGACCGCAGCCAAAGAAGAAGAGGAAAUCCCGCACGGCGUUCACCAACCAUCAGAUCUUCGAGCUGGAAAAGCGGUUCCUCUACCAGAAGUACCUGUCGCCGUCGGAUCGGGACGAGAUUGCGGCCGCCCUGGGACUUUCCAACGCGCAGGUCAUCACGUGGUUCCAGAACCGACGGGCCAAGCUGAAGCGCGACAUGGAGGAGCUGAAGAAGGACGUCGAGACUGUUAAGGUACUGUCGGCACACAAAACGUUCCUGGAGAAUGUCAACGAUAUGAACAUUCUCAAGAAAAAGAUCAUGCACGACGAUGGCGGCAGUCCGCAGAAGUAG